AUGGCUGAUUCCGCUACUUCCGGCCUUCACUUGAGUACAGAGUCCAAUCAGGUUGGAGCUGAAGAUGGUAGCCUGACUCAGAUCACGUUCAUGGAUCCUAAAUUGUACGUCGCUGCAGCAGAUGGUGACAUCCAUGUACUUGAGCAAUAUGAUAUUCAUGUCCAGCUAACCCCAAAAAAGAAUACAAUCCUCCAUGUUGCAGCCCAAUUCGGCCAAGCGGACUGCGUUAAGUGGAUCCUUCAGUUGCCUUCUCCUUCAUCACUAUUGCAACAACCCAACGAGAAAGGUGAUACUCCACUUCACCUUGCAGCCAGAGAAGGGCAUUUGGCAGUGGUGAAAAAUCUGAUCGCCGCUGCCAAACAACUUCAAGAAGGAGACUUGGAGAGAGGGGGUACAGCAGUUUGUAAGGUGAUGCUGAGGAUGACAAAUGAGGACAAAGACACAGCCUUGCACGAGGCAGUGAGGUAUCAUCACCCUGAGGUGGUGAAGUUAUUGAUUCAGGAAGAUCCCGAGUUCACCUAUGGUGCUAAUACUGAAGGCAACACUCCUCUUUACAUCUCUGCUGAAUGGGGAUUCAGAGACUUGGUGCAGAUGAUCCUAGACAAUUGCUCUUCACCGGCUCAUAGUGGUAUCAAGGGUCGAACGGCUUUGCAUGCUGCUGUAAUUCUCAAUGACCAAGUAAUGACAAAGAAGAUACUGGAAUCGAAGCCUGCUUUAACUAAAGAAUUGGAUGAAAAUGGGUGGUCCCCCCUUCACUUUGCUGCAUAUGUGGGCUGCGAUCCAACAAUAGUGAGGCAAUUGCUAGAGAAAUCUGACAGGUAUGUUGUCUAUCUAGGUGUCGAAGACCAUGAAAUUGGAAACAGAACAGCUCUUCACAUUGCAGCCAGCCGAGGCCAUGUGGACGUAGUGAAGGUGCUGCUGUCACACUUUCCAGAUUGUUGUGAGAAAGUUGAUGAUGAGGGCAAUAAUGUUCUGCACUUGAUUAUGCCAGAAAAGAAAAUAUUUGUAACUUCGGGUUUGUCAAACAUUCGCUGGUUAAGGGUGAGAGGACUCAUGAAUGAGAAGAAUGUUGAAGGAAAGACACCCCUCCAUCUGUUUCACAAUUCUCCCUCGUCUAAAGAUAACAACAAUCUCAAUCUCAUACCUCCGGAAACGAUGUUCACGUCGAUAUUGGACACCUUAGUAAGAUUAAGGAGACGGAUGCGAAGUUCCGGAGUUAGUAUGAGACCCUUGGGUUCGCUAGAGAUCAAGGAAGACAGUGGAAACAGCGAAAGCAAAGAAAGUGAAGAAAUAUCCGAAAUAAAGAAAACAAUGAAAAGCCAUAUGAUAGUGGCGGCACUCAUAGCAACUGUAACCUUCGCGGCAGGUUUCACACUACCUAGUGGUUACGUUCAGAACGGUAGCAAUAACCAGGGCAUGGCAGUCUUGUCGCUCCCUACCAAUGGCACCAAGGGCACGGACCGAGACAGGGCAACUGCAACAAGGGAACAUUUCGGAAGUUUUGUAAUGGAAGAUAGCAUAGCCAUGUUACUUUCUAUGUGUGCUAUUGGUAUCUAUUUCUUUGCGUCAUUCCCUAUAAAAAAUAAGAAGACCGUCCAGGGAUACUUAUGGUACGGCUAUGCGCUCACCAUGUCUGCGAUGACCGCAAUGGUGUUUGCAUUUGUUGAGGGCCUGCGAGCUGUUCUGUAUCCUUCUUCAUUACUUGAAGGUACCACCACUUUCAUCCUUCGGCUCUUUUUGCUUUUGUUUUUGUUUCCAAUAUUUCUUACAUUGACACCCAGCCCAAGGUGGAUUCUGAAUGGCAAAAAAGUCAAGUCUUAUACAUUAAUGUAAGUGAUUUUAGACAUGUUUCAA